AAUACUGCAAAAGCCUGACAGGGAAUGUGAGAGGAGGGGGGACAAGGCAUGUGAAGAAAAAGGAGUGGAAAAUAAUAUAAAAGCUUUGAGAGAAGACAAGACAGAAGGGGGAAAAGUAAGAAAAUAAUCACUGGCGGAAAACAGCGAGUUAAGCAGCACAUUUCCAGGAAGAGGCAGAGUGAGCAACAGAGCAACACAGUGACAGGCAGAAAUAGUGUUCACAGAAAAAGGUCUGCGUGUUUAUCCACCACCAAGUCACAGUAUGGCACUGUUCCCGUAUUGCAAGACGCCUACAGGACCAGUCAGAAUGUCCAGAAUGCAGCUGGUCCUGUGCUGUUUUCUCCUGUCUCUUAUCAUAUAUUUCCUUCAUGGACGUAAAGUUGCUGUCAGUGUGGAGUCAGCUCACCCCAUCUUUGGGAUGGAACAGGGAAGAAUGAAGACAGAUAUGACAAUGGUCAGAGCAGCUAAGCCACAAACCCCUGUGGAGACACCAUGGGGGGCUCCUUUAGUGUGGGGUGACACCCGCAACUCGGCGUGGCGCAGGGCUAAACUCGUGCAACAGGAAAUCCGUAUUGGUCUGUUGGCACUCGUGGUGGGAACUUAUGCACAGUUCAUCCGACGUUUCCUCUCCUCAGCUGAAACCCACUUCCUCCCUGGUCAGAUGGUCACCUAUUACAUCCUCACAGACAAUCCCCGUUCUCUGGAUCCCCCCAUGGAGCUGGGGCCUGACCGACAGAUGAAGGUGCUCCCUGUUGCAGAGCUGCCUGGGUGGGAGAGGUUGGCUCAGCGGCGGAUGUUUCUGCUUGCUGAUGCCAUCCGGAACCCAAUCGGCCAUGAGGUUGAGUACAUCUUCUGUGCUGACAUCGACCAGGAAUUUAUGGCCCCCGUUGGAGAGGAAAUCCUCGGAGACCUGGUGGCUACGCUGCACCCAGAACUCUAUGGGAUGCCACGAAAUGCUUUCCCUUAUGAAGCUGAUGAAGUCUCAUCAGCUUGUGUGGAGGAGGAUGAAGGAGAUUACUACUACACCUCGGAGCUGUAUGGAGGUUUGGUAUCUGAGAUGUACAAACUGGCUCGUGCCUGUUCUUUGCUUAUUCUGCAGGACCAGUCUAAUGGGGUGAGAGCCAGGGGCCUGGAGGAGAGCUACCUGAACCGCUAUCUGAUCGACCACAGGCCGACCUGUGUGCUGUCACCAGAGUACAGCUGGUGGGAUUCAGCAUUGGCUGCUUACGUGCCUGUAGAGAGAAUAGUCUCCUGGGGAAGGCAAUGUGAGGCAUAUGAUAAGCAGAAGAGAGAGGAGCACAAAUGUUAAUGUAAAAGGAGCAACAGGACAGUUCUGCUUCAAAUCCAUUUAAGUAUGGAUAUAGGUAUUACUCCUGCAUGAAGGACAACUGUUUCUCGUGUAUUUCCUGUGGAGAGGGUCAAACAUUAGCAUGUAGUGUUAUGACAGGACAGGAGAUGAAGAGAAACGUUAAAGAGAAAGCACAUAUUACUGUCUUGCUCAUUAAAUUCCAAAUUUUCUGUCCCAUUAGUCAACAAAUGAAGCCUACAAUCACGUAGAAGCACACUAACAAUCUGCACUGAAUUAAAGAUCCAUUUGUGUGAAGAGUGCAUCUCUGUAUGCCCGCUAUCUCUCCCACAGCAGACAAAAAAAAAGAAAGAAAGAAAUUGACCUGUCUCUUUAAACAAAGCACUGUCCACUCCAUUAAUGCCAGCCUCAGAGAUACUGCUCCAGUGGCUUUGUGGUCAGCAGCGAUAAGAGUCAACAGUGUAAGUGCACACUUUCCCCACAGUGGCCAAUCAUUAACUGGAAGAGCUGCUGUUUCAAGGUUUUUAAAGACCAGCUGGGUGAAAAUGGACCCAACGGGAUGCUGUUACUCCAUGUGUGUAAAAGUCUGAGCUUUCGCAAGAGAAAACUGUUUUUAAAAAUGGUUCAGGAUGUAUUGAACUAUGUUACAGACUGUUGUCAUGAGUCAGAGUAAAAGGUAAACUCAAACGACCUGACGGUGGUGGUUAUGUUGGUCUGUCAGUCUGCCUCUCUCUCUCCCACACAUACAAACAUGCUCCCACACUCACACUUUGCUUUCUCUCCCGUGUAGUGUGUUUUAAUGGGAGGGUUAAACAGCAGCAGAUGUUUUUUUUCUCACUGCCAACAGAAUCCGUCCUUGGGGCCAGAUCGCCACGUGGAGUGAAGGUGGACGUGCACUUCAAAUAAUCCUAUGGAACUAAUUUUCAGUUGUGAUUUGCCUUUUUUUUCUCUCUUUUUUGACCAAACUGAAAAUCAUCAUUGCUCAUGGCGUGUACUUUUGGAGACUCAUUAUCAGUAUUCACAAGGAAACUAAGCCAAAUAAACUCAAAUUUGAACAGA